CCUGGCGAAGAUGUCCCUGAAAGUGUGAACUCUUGCCGCUCCUGGAAGCCUAAACCCCUACUUCCCGUCGAACGGUCGCCACCUUGCGUCUCCUGCGUCACGUAUCUCGGCGAGGAAAUGGCGAUGUGUCGGAUGAUUUUCCUGAGAAGGUUCUCGAGCAUUUCUUCGAACCCUCUACGUGUCUGCGUGGUCGGAAGCGGACCGGCGGGUUUUUACACUGCCGAGAAGAUGCUGAAGAGACACGAAGCUGCACAGGUUGAUAUAAUUGAUCGUCUGCCUAUGCCUUUUGGGUUAGUCCGCUCUGGUGUGGCGCCGGAUCAUCCUGAAACAAAGAUCGUGGUUAAUCAAUUUUCUCGUGUUUGCCAUCACGAGCGUUGCUCUUUCUUUGGCAACGUCAUGCUCGGUUCCUCUCUUUCCCUGCCAGAGCUCCGCAGUCUGUACCACGCGGUUGUGCUUGCUUAUGGUGCUGAAAGUGACAGAAGUCUUGGCAUUCCGGGCGAAGACUUGUCUGGGAUACAUUCAGCUCGAGAAUUUGUCUGGUGGUAUAAUGGCCACCCAGACUGCAGAAAUUUGGAGCUGUAUUUGAAAAAUACUCAGAAAGUUGUGAUUCUUGGCCAGGGCAAUGUAGCUCUUGAUGUUGCACGUAUUCUACUGCGGCCUACGGUUGAAUUAGCAACAACAGACAUUGCUAACCAUGCAUUAGCUACUUUGCAGGAAAGCUCGAUAAGUUACUUCAGGAAAGUGUAUUUGGUUGGAAGACGUGGACCAGCCCAAGCAGCUUGUACCGCAAAGGAGCUACGUGAAGUUCUUGGUAUCAAAGAUCUAUAUGUUGGCAUUUCGGAAUCUGACUUGCUCAAAACCCCAGCGGAUGAGGAAGAGCUGAAGAACGACCGGAUAAGGAGGAGGGUUUACGAGUUGUUGUCAAAGGCUGCCACCUCAAAUCAGUCAAGUCCGAGAUCAGAUCAACAUGAACUCCACUUUGUUUUCUUCCACAAACCAGAUAGGUUUCUGGAUGAUGGCCAUGGACAUGUGACAGCUGUUCGCUUGGAGAAGACGGCUCUCAGAGGUAAUGGCUCUGGAAAGCAAAUUGCAAUUGGCACUGGAGAAUUUCAAGACAUUGAAUGCGAGAUGGUACUAAAGAGCAUUGGUUACAAAUCGGUACCAGUUGAUGGCUUACCAUUUGAUCAUCAAGCAGGUGUGGUUCCGAAUGUAAGGGGCAGAGUUCUGUGUGAUACAUCUGGUGAGUCAGCAAUCGAGGAAGGUCUAUAUGUCUGUGGAUGGUUAAAGAGAGGGCCAACUGGAAUUAUUGCUACAAACCUUUAUUGUGCAGAAGAAACUGUUGUGAGUAUAUCUGAGGACAUAGAUCGUGGGGUAUUGGUGCCGUCAUUGCCAAAGCCAGGGAGAGAUGGUCUUCUCCAGUUAUUAGAUGAUCGGAAUGUCAGAGUUGUGCCAUUCAGUAAUUGGGAAAAGAUAGAUUCUGAAGAAAGGAGGCUUGGGAGUUUGAGAAACAAACCCAGGGAAAAGUUGGCCACAUGGGAUGAACUAUUGAGAGCUUCUGAUACUAAUCAGCUGUGCUAGAAGAUUAUGUCCAUUUGACGCGGUUGGGCCAACAAACGGUACUGAAAGAUAAUGCUGAUCGUGGCUAACUUCUCUUGACGUGCAUUGACAAUGCAUCAAUUAAUCAAUUUCGCUGCAUCGCUUCUGGGUGAAUUCUGCGAUUGGUUUUCAAGAAAAAGCAAAUGGUUGUUGCAUAACCAAAGCUGUUUUGCCUUCUGUCAUAGGAACAGGAGACGAGAAGCAGUAUGUUCAUUCGAUAGUACUCGGAUCGAAUUGUUUAAUGAUGCGUCAUUGUCGUGAACUUCAACAUUGCAUUAUUUUCACACGCUUCCCUGCUCAUACGUUAAAGCAGUAAUAACACAGCAUUGAUGACAAACGGUGAUAUUAAGUUAUAUAGAAUUAUGCGUCGAGGACCUCCUGAGCAUGGUUUCCUCGACUUCUUUUCCGCAGCUUUUUGCAUUCCAGUUAUGGCUUUUUAAGUUGCGGGAGACUUGUGCUACAUUUGUGUUUUUGUUGUUUGCAAUGAAAUGUGCUUCCAACUUCUUAAUUUA